GCAUUGAUGGCAUUACAACACAUCACCUGGUGGACACGGGAGGAGGAGGAGGGGAGAUGGGAGUGGUGGGUGAGAUGACAGGGGAUGACGAAGGCCUGAAGGUGACAUCAGUAAUGGCGCAUGAUGGAGGGCAUUCCCUUGACCAUGCCAGCCUGCAGGAUGAGGUGCGCUAUGUCACCGUAGAUGAGUCGGGACAAGCCGUCACCAUCAUGUACCCACAUGUCAACUUUGUGGAAUUCCCUGGUGUGCAUGGGGAGCUGAGCCUGGACCAGGGGGCACUAGGGGGAGAUGCAGGCAUGGUGCUGCAACAGGACUUUAGUGGUGAUGGCCCCAUAACUGUGGUGACAUCGGAUGACACCGGUGAGCAGCUGGCCCUCCUAGACCAAGGCCAUGAGCACUCAGCAGUGGCCAUGGGUGGUAGUGAGGGCACACAGGCGAUCACAUACCUAACAGCCACGGAUGAUGGUCCUGAUGGCUCCCCUUCAGCCAUCCUAGGGGAGCAGCUCAUCCAGAUCCCAGCGAGUGACCAGUCAGGCUCCACUCACACCAUCACAGUGCCUCUCUCCUUCCUCAAUGAUGGCUCUGGGGUGUCCAUUCUGCAGGGUCUGAGCCACCUGCAGCUGCCUUUUGUGGGUGAGGCAGGUGGUGACUCCAUCACCCUCUCCUCACCAAUGGACACCGACCACAUGGCCUCCGUUGGCAGUGCAGAUGUCACACAGAGCCAGGUCCUUUCUGAGCUGCAGUCAAGUGCAGUCACCCCUACCACCACACAACCCUCUGUGCAUGGCCAGGCCCAUGGUCUGCCAACCCCCUCCCAUUUAGGCAUUCAGACUUCCUCCUCCAAAGUCCCCCUAACCUCAAGUGCCAAGCCAGUUGUAGUUAAGACCAACAGCCAGUCUUCGAACAAGCAUGGCUCCCAUCAGCCCAGAAAGCUCAUUGGCUCUGGUCCCACAGCCAUUUCUGCACAAGGUGUUGUCCAGAAGAUUGGUAAUAGACUAGUCACAGUCCUCCCUCGGCCAGAGGAUCUCAAGAAACUGCAAGAUAGCAAGUCUCUGGUGUUUAGUGUCAAGGGGUCAGGUGAUUUUGGCCAGGAUGCUCAUGGCCUGAAGAGCCCCAGGGCAAGGAGGGUUCCAGUGCCUGUCCGACCCCACCAGAGGUAUGGAAGGAGAGGGCGGGGGGUAGGCCGUGGCAGGCCUUCCUCCAUAUCAAGAAUUGAAAUGAAAGAGCAGGGCACACUCACUUCACCUACAAAAACAGUGUCCCUGCUGAAGAAGGAUAUCCAGGAGGACUCCAUCUUACUAGCAGAAACCUCCAUGGACCAGCACCUAGAUGGAUGCAUCAAGCUUGAAGACACGUCCAAUGAGGGUAUAGUGCUGGAUAUGACACUUCCUGGGGGGUCUCCUGCAUCAGCUGUUCUAGUCAAAGGCCCACCUGAAGAUGAGGAGUUCAUCCUGCCCGAUGUAAUUGUGCCCCACAUACCUGUCACAACACGGCGGGGGAGAAGAAAAAAGAGGGGAAGGGGAAGGCCCAGAGGCACCUAUGUUAUCUCUUCUACUGGACGCAGACCUGGAAGGCCAAGGAAGGUGGAGACGCUUAUGGAGGGACCACAUGGAGCACGUAUGAUCCACACAGGGCCAGACACACGCCUUGAGGGGGAUCUUGGAGACCAGGAUACUGAUCUUCAACCUGAAGGGCACAGCAUCGAGCUUGCAGGUGUGGAAGGCAGCGAUGGAUUGCAAGAGAUCCGAGUGCUAGAGAUGGGGGCUAUGAAGGAAGAGCCACUUGAUGUUGAGAUUAAACGGGAGGAGGAUGUGGACCCCAAUAAGAGGAAGCUGCCACCUCGGAGGAGGGGUGCUAGGUAUGAGAAGAUGAUGCAAGCCCUGAAGAGGCCAGAGUAUGAUGAUGACGAUGACUUCUCUAUGGGCGAGGAGGAGGACAUUUCCCCAGAUUACUUGACGUAUCGCAGGCCAGCCCCAGCACCCAGACCAAGGGGUACUUCUGGGCCAGGAAAACGAGGCCGCCCUCGCAAGCACUGGCCAGUACCUGAGGGAAUAGUGAAGGUGGAACCGGAGCCAACUGAUCCCCAACAGCUGAUCACGAGUGACCUGGAGGGAACACAGCUGGAUGAGGUCACACCCGGCGACCUCAUGAGCAGCAUGGUGGUGAAGAGUGCCAACCUCAUGGGGGCAGAAAAACACAACCUCCUCAUCACCUUCCAGAAGCCAGAGACAGGCGAGAUGGUCAUCACCAUGCUGCCUCCACCUCCCACGUCCACUUCGUCCUCUGCUACUGCCUUGCAGCAUCAUCAUCCUGAGCAACAACAGCAUCAGCAUGACCUCCAUGACCAUACCACAACAGAAGGAACACAGACUGAAGAAGACAUUGGACUGGGUACAGACGACGUUGUAAGUGUAGAUGGGCACAAGUGUGAGGCGUGUGGUGAAGUAAUUCCUUUCAAGCGGGACUACAUCCGGCACCUCAGACAGAAACACAAUCUGCGUCCUUUUGAGUGCGACCAGUGUGGUAAGACUUGCACCUCACACGUGGCACUGGAGGCCCACCACAAGAUGCACGGGUUGGAGCGCCCCCAUCGUUGCGACCACUGUGGCAAGGGCUUUGUAGACCCAUCGCACCUGAAAACUCACGUCCUCACACACACUGGUGAGAGGCCCCACCGGUGUCAGCAUUGCCCUAAGACUUUUGCCCAGGCUUCACAACUCAAAAAACAUUUGGCCAUUCAUGAGGAGGCACAUCAGUACCGUUGCUCCGUAUGUAGCCGCACUUUUGCUCACCGAGACACACUUUACACACACAUGAAAACCCAUAAUCCAAUCGUCCCUUCAUCUGCGAUAUCUGCAGCCUGGGCUUUGUGA